CUCGGGAGUUUGGUCAACGUUCGUGCCUCCGCGCAACCCUGCAACGGGCAUCCAACAGCCAGCCCACGCAACGCUCACAGACCCUUCUUGAUUUUUAUAUCACCCAUCCACGCUCAUUUUCAACCCUCCUUCUCUUCUUCAUUGUGCUCUGCGCAUUCUUUUCCCAAACCACACUUGCUCAUCAAUCUUCAUCAAAUCCACAUUCGCUAUCACACGAUGAAGACCGCUAACAUCGCACUCUUCGCGUUAACCGCCGGCAGUGCUUCCGCGCAGUUCUUCGUCCUUUACGGCAGAGACACUGUCGUUUCGCGUAUCGAUCCCAUUGUCUCGCCUGGAGGCAUUGGCAUGCACGCUCACGAGUUCAUGGGUGCCGGUAACGUCGACCAGAACACCGACUACGAUUCGCUUCAGAAGUCAACCUGCUCGAGCAUGGGACGCGCCAACGGCAACCCCAUCAUCGAGGACAAGAGCGUCUACUGGCACCCUACUCUCUACGUCAAGGCCAACAAUGGCACCUAUCUCAGAGUUCCUACCAACGGACACCAGAUCUACUACAUCAACGCCGGCACUGGCCAGAUGCGUGAGCCCUUCGAGUUCCCUAAGGGCUUCCGCAUGACUGCUGGAAACGCCUACAUCCGUGCCGCGCAAGAGCACACUCCUACUAACAAGGAUGACAUCACUCAGUGGAUCUGCCAUGAGACUCCUUCAUGGAACGAGGGCGCUCAGGGUGGCUUCCCCAAGGGUGUCACUUCCUGCUCGCAGUAUCCUUACUUCAACGGUGCCAUCGAGUUCCCCCACUGCUGGAACGGAAAGGACUUCAAUCUCAACUCUCCUUACUCGCACGUCGCUUACCCCGUCGGCGACAUCAGAAACGGAGCUUGUCCCGACACUCACCCUAUCAAGCUUCCUCACAUCUUCAUGGAGAACAACUAUGAUUUGUCGAGCCUUCAGGGAGAGUUUGAGGUUGACUCGUUCGUGCUCUCUAACGGAGAUCCCACCGGCUUCGGGUUCCACGCCGACUUCUACAACGGCUGGCAAGAAGGCGUCCUGCCCAACUUGCUUACUGGCUCUAGCGCCUGUGAUUCUCACGACGUUGGCGACUGCUCAGGCGUCACCUUCGACUCCAGCAUGAACUGGGCUCAGUGCACUACUACUAACAACUUCUCUGAAGAUCUCGACGGUCCGCUUUCUGCCUUGCCCGGUUGCAACCCCAUCACCACCGUCAACCCUGCCCCGCAGUGUAAGGCUUGUGCCGCUGGUGUGGUGGGUGGACAGUGCAAUGUUGCCGGCAGCUCUAUGACCACCAGCACUAGAAAGGCCACUUCUUCAACCCUGAAGACCAGCACCAAGCCUGCCACUUCAACCAUGCAGACGACCACUACCACAACCACCAGAACUGUGACUUCGACCACCACUCAGCAAUCGACCACCACCGUGACCGGCAGCGCUCCCACGAGCACCGAAUGCGACGACUAAAAACCUCACUGUUCUGACUUCAUGACGGCGUCCCUUUGAACACGAAUACAUGAACCUGGCCGCUGGACGGACAGGUGAGUAAGGCAUGCAUCGCGCUCGCUAACUUUCUUUCUUCUAGGCCGUUGAGACUGCGUUUCAAGUAAGAGCCCAUACACCAUUACCACUUUCCGAUACACGAUGCAAGACGUCGCUUGCUAUUUCGAGCCCGAUUCGAACACGAAUGCCCUCGCUACCGUAUCGAUUCCGAAAAGGAGAAGACUGGUCUCCACCAAAAACAAAUCGCACGAACCACGAUCACGACUGAGACAUGAAUGCAUGGAGGUCCACUUCGGAAGGAAGGAAAAUGCUUUUUUUUUAAUGUUGAUGAGUUGCUGAGCAACAUUCUCUUCUAUAACACAAUUCACUUCUGUCAAACUC